CGGGAAUUUUUUGUAGAGCAAGAAAGAAAGAAUAAAGAAGAAGAAAAGAUGCUAAGUCUGAAAAGAAAGUUAAAUAGAUUGGAGCCUGAUGAGUCAUUCUUUGAUUUUAUGGUAUCUACAGUACCAUUUGAGCUAAAAUGUCCUCAUAAAGUAAUCAAUGAGAUCUAUCUUCAAUCAUACGAAGAGACCAACAAGCAGAUCCUAUUAACAUUCGCCGACAAGAGCUUCAAAUCCGACUUCCUACUAGACCUGGUCCUCCAGCAACUACCAAUCUACAAAUGGUCUACCUUCUCCGAUUACCUUCCUGACCUCUUAGACAACGGAAUACCUUCGUACGCAGUCACUAAAGAAAAUUUCGAAGACUCCUCUAUAAGCCCUCAGGUAAUCCUGAUCGACAUCAUGGGCGAAUUCUCUACUGAAAAAUUCAGGCAGGCUCUUACCAGCCAUUAUAUGUGGAUAGCCAAACUUGUUUUUAGUAAAUAUGAAACGGGUAUGACAAAAGAAUUGAUUGACCGGAAAUUAGCAGAAGAUCUUCCUGAGUUUAUCCAUUCUUGUUGAGAGAAUUUAUAUAUUAUCAAAGUUUUCAGUUGUUUAGAAUUCAGUAUGGUAAUCAAGUCUCUACCAGGAUUUAUCAGAAAAUAAAAGAGAAGUGAAGCUAGUCUUAAUUGAUGGUCUACAUCACCUCAAAUACUCAGAUCCUCCUUAUGAAACUGCUAGAAGAUACAACAGGUCAACUAAUCCUGAAAAUUUCUUCGAAUCAAAUGCACAAAUGCCUAAAAAGAACCCAAUGAGGAAAGCAUCUGGCACCUUCGAGAAGGCUAUUAUGGACACUUGUUUUGAAAAGCUAAAUAAUCUUCGCAAAUAAGUACAACUUACAAAUUGUUUACAUCAAAGCUAAAGGAUACUCUCAGACCAUCAAAUCAUCAUAUAUGAAAAGGAACAUGCAGACAUUUUUAGAAGCCCUUCUUAAGAAAAAUUUCACUGACGAAAAGAGCCUCGAAAUGGAGCUUGAGCCAGUGAGAGAGAAUAGAUAUGGCUUCAAGUUUGAUACAAAUCCGAUUACUGCAAGUAACUUCAAAAUGAACGAAAUAUUCUUUACAACACUUGAAGAAAAAUCGUUACUAGAAACUCAUGAUGAGAACCAAAGCACUUCCAAGUUGGUCUGCUUUAUCAAAAAAACAGGUGAGGUAGUCCAGGCUCAGACAAGCACAGAUUCCUACAAAGCGAAGUUCCUGGCCACAUUCAUUUACUUAGAAAGAAAUCCUGAAACAGAUAGACUGAAUGUAGUAGAUAGUCACCACAAGGAAUUUAUUUCUUAG